UCAGCUGCACACACCAAGUGGGUCACUGCAGGCGGGCGCAGAGGGAGGGGUCUCUGCAGUGAGAGGCCUGUCACACCCCCUGUCCCCUUGGGUCCCUGCCCCCUUGGAUGCUUGCCCCAUCUCCCCAGCUUCCCAGACUGUGACCAUCACACCGAGCUCAGCCUGCCUCUCUCACAAGGACGAUCGCCUGCCCUAACGCUUGGCCACGCUGCCCCACAAGGACUGUGCUUUGAACAUGGGACUUCCCGGGUGCCUCCUGCUCCCAGCUGGGCACCCCCAUGGCAGGAGCUCGGCUGCCUGCGCUGGAGCUGGGAAUACAAGGAUCCCCAUCCUCCUGGCCUGGUUUUGGGCUUCUAUGACAGGACUCCCAAUGGCAGACUCAGGCAUCCCUGAACUAACUCAGCUCCGACUGGUGAACGGCCCGAGUCGCUGCGCUGGGAGAGUCGAGGUGCUUCACAACCAGCAGUGGGGAACCGUGUGUGAUGACAACUGGGAUUUAACUGAGGCCAGAGUCGUGUGCAGGCAGCUGGGCUGUGGGACGGCGUUAUCAGCCCCACGUGGGUCUCGGUUUGGACAGGGAACUGACCGUAUCUGGCUGGAUGAGGUAAACUGCACAGGGACAGAAGCCGCCCUCUCCGAAUGCAGGGCUCGGCCUUGGGGAGAGAAUAACUGUAACCACGUAGAAGAUGCUGGUGUUGAGUGCUCAGACUCGGUCAUUCCAGACCCAGGUCCUCUCCAACUGGUGAACGGCCCCAAUCGCUGUGCUGGGAGAGUUGAGGUGCUUCAUAACCAUCAGUGGGGAACCGUGUGUGAUGAUGGCUGGGACUUAACUGAUGCUGGAGUCGUGUGCAGACAGCUAGGCUGUGGGACGGCGUUAUCAGCCCCAGGCGGGGCUCACUUUGGGAGAAGUUCUGAAACUAUCUGGCUGGAUGACGUAAACUGCACAGGGACAGAAGCUGCCCUCACCGAAUGCAGGGCUCGGCCUUGGGGAGACAAUAAGUGUCACCACGGAGAAGAUGCCGGUGUUGUGUGCUCAGACUCAGGCAUUUCAGAAGUGGCUCAACUCCGACUUAUGAACGGCCCAAGUCGCUGCGCUGGGAGAGUCGAGGUGCUUCACAACCAGCAGUGGGGAACUGUGUGUGAUGACAACUGGGAUUUAACUGAGGCCAGAGUCGUGUGCAGGCAGCUGGGCUGUGGGACAGCUUUAUCAGCCCCACGCGGGUCUCGGUUUGGACAGGGAACUGACCGUAUCUGGCUGGAUGAGGUAAACUGCACAGGGAUAGAAGCUGCCCUCUCCGAAUGCAGGGCUCGGCCUUGGGGAGAGCAUAACUGUAACCACGUAGAAGAUGCUGGUGUUGUGUGCUCAGACUUCGUCAUUCCAGUCCCAGGUCCUCUCCAAUUGGUGAACGGCCCCAAUCGCUGCGCUGGGAGAGUCGAGGUGCUUCACAACCAUCAGUGGGGAACCGUGUGUGAUGAUGGCUGGAACCUAACUGAUGCUGGAGUUGUGUGCAGGCAGCUGGGCUGUGGUACGGCGUUAUCAGCCCUAGGGGGGGCUCACUUUGGGAGAGGAUCUGACACCAUCUGGCUGGACGAUAUUAACUGUACAGGGACAGAAGCUACCCUCACAGAAUGCAGGGCUCGGCCUUGGGGAAACAAUAACUGUCACCACGGAGAAGAUGCUGGCGUUGUUUGCUCAGACUCAGCCCUUCCACACCUGGCUGAGGUGCGACUGGUGAACAGCCCAAGUCGCUGCGCUGGGAGAGUUGAGGUGCUUCAUAACCAGCAGUGGGGAACUGUGUGUGAUGACAGCUGGAACAUAACCGAUGCCGGAGUUGUUUGCGGGCAGCUGGGCUGUGGCACAGCGUUAUCAGCCCCAGGAGGGGGUCGAUUUGGACAAGGAUCUGGACCAAUUUGGCUGGAUGAGGUUAACUGCACAGGGACCGAAGCUGCCCUCUCCGAAUGCAGGGCUCCCCCUUGGGGGAACCAUAACUGUGACCACAGAGAAGAUGCCGGUGUUGUGUGCUCAGACUCUGGCAUCUCAGAAGUAACUCAGCUCCGACUGGUGAACGGCCCAAAUCGCUGCACUGGGAGGGUCGAGGUGCUUCACAACCAGCAGUGGGGAACCGUGUGUGAUGACAGCUGGGACAUAAUUGAUGCUGGAGUUGUGUGCAGGCAGCUGGGCUGCGGGACGGCGUUAUCAGCCCCAGGAGGGGGUCGAUUUGGGCGAGGAACUGACCGUAUCUGGCUGGACGAUGUUCAGUGCAAAGGGACAGAAACUGGCCUCUCCGAAUGCAGGGCUCGGCCUUGGGGAGACAAUAACUGUCACCAUGGAGAAGAUGCUGGUGUUGUUUGCGCAGACUCCGGCAUCUCCGAAGUGACUCAGCUGCGGCUGGUGAAUGGUUCGAGUCGCUGCGCUGGGAGAGUCGAGGUGUUUCAUAACAAGAAGUGGGGAACUGUGUGUGAUGACAGCUGGGACUUACAGGAUGCUGGAGUCGUGUGCAGGCAGCUGGGCUGUGGGACGGCGUUAUCAGCCCCUGCCGGAGCUCACUUUGGGCCAGGAUCUGACCAUAUCUGGCUGGAUACUGUCAACUGCACAGGGACAGAAGCUGCCCUCUCCCAGUGCAGGGCUAAGCCUUGGGGAGACAGUAACUGUACCCAUGAAGAAGAUGCCGGUGUUGUGUGCUCAGACUCAGGCAUUUCAGAGCAGACUUCGCUCCGACUGGUGAACGGCACGAGUCGCUGUGCUGGGAGGGUCGAGGUGCUUCACAACCAGCAGUGGGGAACCGUGUGUGAUGAUGACUGGAACCUACAGGAUGCCAGAGUCGUGUGCAGGCAGUUGGGCUGUGGGAAGGCGUUAUUAGCCCCUGGGAGAGCUCACUUUGGGCGAGGAUCUGACCCCAUCUGGCUGGAUGACGUUCACUGCACAGGGACAGAAGCUGCCCUCUCCCAAUGCAGGGCUCGGCCUUGGGGAGAGUAUAACUGUCACCACGGAGAAGAUGCGGGUGUUGUGUGCUCAGACUCAGGCAUUUCAGAGCAGCCUCAGCUCCGACUGGUGAAUGGCCCGAGUCGCUGCGCUGGGAGAGUCGAGGUGUUUCACAACCAGCUGUGGGGAACCGUGUGUGAUGACAGCUGGGAUUUAACUGAGGCCAGAGUCGUGUGCAGGCAGCUGGGCUGUGGGACGGCGUUAUCAGCCCCUGGGGGGGCUCGAUUUGGACGAGGCUCUGAUCCCAUCUGGCUGGAUAACGUUCACUGCACAGGGACAGAAGCUGCCCUCUCCGAUUGCAGGGCUCGGCCUUGGGGAAUCCAUAACUGUAACCACGGAGAAGAUGCUGGUGUUGUGUGCUCAGACUCAGCCAUUCCAGAGCAGGCUCCAAUCCGACUGGCUGAUGGUUCUAGUCGCUGCGCUGGGAGGGUCGAGGUGUUUCACAACCAGCAGUGGGGAACCGUGUGUGAUGACAGCUGGGACAUAACAGAUGCUGGAGUCGUGUGCAGGCAGCUGGGCUGUGGGACGGCGUUAUCAGCCCCUGGGAGAGCUCAUUUUGGGCGAGGAUCUGACCCCAUCUGGCUGGAUGACGUUCACUGCACAGGGACAGAAGCUGCCCUCUCCCAAUGCAGGGCUCGGCCUUGGGGAGACAAUAACUGUCACCAUGGAGAAGAUGCCGGUGUCGAGUGCUCAGGCUCAGGCAUCUCAGAAGUGGCUCCGCUCCGACUGGUGAAUGGUCCGAGUCGCUGCGCUGGGAGAGUCGAGGUGCUUCACAACCAGCUGUGGGGAACCGUGUGUGAUGACAGCUGGGACUUGUCCGAGGCUGAAGUCGUGUGCAGGCAGCUGGGCUGUGGGACGGCAUUAUCAGCGCCACGUAGGGCUCACUUUGGACAAGGAUCUGACCGUGUGUGGCUGGAUGAGGUUCAGUGCACAGGGGCAGAAGCUGCCCUCACCAAAUGCAAGGCUAAGCCUUGGGGAGAGCAUGGCUGUAACCCCGGAGAAGAUGCCAGUGUUGUGUGCUCAGAUCAGGGCCAGCUGAGGCUGCGGCUGACGAGUGGCCCAAGCCCCUGCUCCGGGCGAGUGGAGGUGCUGAUUAACGACACCUGGGGUGCCGUGUGUGAUGCUGGCUGGGGCCUGCCGGAGGCGGGAGUGGUGUGCAAGCAGCUGGGCUGCGGCACGGCGCUGUCAGCCCCGGGGGUUGCUCAGUUCGGCCACGGGGCUGGCGACGUCUGGCUGGAGGGCGUGAGCUGCUCGGGUCAGGAGUCUCUCAUCAGCGAGUGCCAGCUGAGCCGGCUGGGUCCCAGGCUGUGUGGCCGUGGCUCUGAGGCCAGCGUGGUGUGUGCUGGGCAGGCCGGCUCCGGGCUGCUCUGGUCUGUGCUCCUUGGCCUGGGUGCUGUCGUGGUGCUGAUCUGUGGGGUCCUGCUCUGCUGGAGGAUGCGGCGGGACAGAGCCGCUGGGAACCCCCUGGGCCAUGUGCACCUGGAGGAGCUGGGGGCUCCAGGGACCCCGCCCCAGCUUCAGGGUGCGGCAAAUCCAGAGCCCCCGGAGGACCCCGACAGCGAGAUGACCUGGCUGGUGAGGGAAGAUGUGGUGCUGUGAGAGCCGCAUGCCAGCCAGGCUGGGCUGGUCUCCGCCUGCAGUGAGAGAUGGGCCGGUGGGAUCCUGCACAAAGCAGCCCCAGGGCUGCCAGCUGCCUGGACUGUGGGGACGCUGAUGGGGCUUGUCUGGGGGCUGGGGGUCUCCACUCCCCCUGUGGGGCCCCUAGCACCAUUGUCCCCCCAGCUAACUUGGAAGGCUCCCCUGCUCCACCCCAGCCCCAGCUUUCCCUGGUGUAGCUCCCAGCAGCUCCCAUGCCCAUCCCUGAGCAGCCUGUGCCCAGCCAUGCAGACAGCAUGUGGUGCGCCCUGCAGAGCCAUUGUCUGGUGCACUGGGACAGUCGGUUCCUUCCCCACGACACGACCAUCCCAACAUUUAAAUGAGGUAUGGGGAGAGAUUGACUAUGGGUGUCUGCCUGUUCCUGAUGCGCCAGGCCCUGGUAAAGCCUGGUGUUCUCAUCUGUCUGUGCCCAAUACAGCCUGAUCUCAGGGCACCAGGCCCUGUCUGUCUGUCUGUGCCCAAUGCCCCCUGAGCUCAGGGGGCCAGGCCCCAUCUGUCUGUCUGUGCCUGAUUCUCCCUGCACUCAGGAUGCCAGGCCCCAUCUGUCUGUCUGUGCCCGAUGCCCCCUGAGCUCAGAGCACCAGGACCUGUCUCCUCUCUCUGUGCCCAAUGGCCCCGGAGCUCGGGGCACCAGGCCCCGUCUCUCUAUGCAGCAGCCAGCUCGGGCCCCCAGUAAAUGAUCAUUACAGCUUCUAGUGUGUAGAUAAGGUGCAGAACUGAGUGCAGCUGCAUGAUGGUGCCUUGCUUAAUAGAAAGGAAUGGGCUGGGUUACAGAUACAGAUACAGAGAGCUUCCCUCUAACCUUCCCAAAUUCCCGCCCCGCUCUGUCCUGGCCCCUCAGUCCUGCCCCACCCCCUCCUUACGCUGUAUAAACACCCUGCGGUAAUAUUACACAGCUAGAUACGGAGACAGCAGCUGUGUCCAGACACGAGCCCUCUUGCACAUUUCACAGGGGAUGAUGUUAGGGUGACCAGACAGCAAGUGUGAAAAAUCGGGACGGGGGGUGGGGGGUAAUAGGAGCCUAUAUAACAAAGAGACCCAAAAAUCGGGACUGUCCCUAUAAAAUCGGGACAUCUGGUCACCCUAGAUGAUGUUGGGGAACAACCACAUUAUUCCCCCUUCUCUUUGCCUUAGUAGCAUAUUGACAGCUGAAAGAUGUGUUUUUGCCAUUUUCUGAUUUCUUGUAAUUCCUAAAAACUUCCACAAGGUGUCACUGGCUCUCUACUCCUCGAAAUGCUCCACUCUCACCCCCUCUGUAGUAGGGUGACCAUAUGUCCUGUUUUGGCAGGGACAGUCCCCUUUUUCAGCUCUCUUCUGGCCGUCCCUACUUUUUCACUAAAACUGGACAUUUGCCCUGGUUUGUGAAGGAAGCGCUGCCUUCAAAGCUGUCCCCCCGGGCAGCAGUCCCCGCUCUCCGACAGGGGUUAGUGGCAAUGCUCUAAUACGUAAACGCUGAUUUUUUCUGGUUAGCUGAGUUGCAGCUGCAGGCUGAAAGCAGCGUGAUGUCUCUUCCCAGCUCCAAGGUUUGCCUCGCUUUGGAGCCUGAGUGUUGAGACAGUGUGAAAUAGGAAGGGUUUUUAAUUGUACGUUUCGUUGUAGCUCAGAGUCUCCCUGAGCCAAAAAAGCUGCCUGUCGUAGAGGCAGAGUGCCGUGUUCAGAUGCUGGGCUGGGCCAGUGUUCCGAGAAAGCCUUGUGAAGGAACACUUGCAAAUCAAUUCUACCCUGGUGUUUCAGUAGUAGAUUUACCAGGCCAUAGAGAUCUCUGGAGAUUCACUUGGCCCAUAGCAAGAAAUUGGUUCAGCAAAAUAGGGGCUGUCAGGAGCAGGGUGCCAGCCAGAGGCAGACUGAUAUGUAUCCAAAACAUCCCUACAAGGAGCACACACAGUUCAUUCACACACAUGUUCUCCUUUGUCAAGGACUGGUUGUGUUACAAGUAAGGGUGGCAAUACUACCAUGCUACUCUUACUUCUUUGCUGCUGCUGGCGUGGGUGCUGUCUUCAGAGCCAGGCAGGCCAGCAAGCAGCUGAUGCUCUCCAUUGCCCAGCUGUGAAGGCAAUGCUGCCACCAGUCACAUGAUGUUGCCAGGUGAUACUUUUGGUUGUUUUUUUGGCGGUGGGGGGGCUUAUGCAUACCUGUGUCCUUAGAAGAAUCAAUAGUUUGUGUGUGGUCAUUUUUUGCUAUAAAAAUGUCUAGGAAACAUCUGUGUAAUGAAGACCUCCAAAUACAGUUCAAGUUUUAAAAAAAAAGACACUUCAACAUUGGACAACAGCAAAGUUGUAUGUGAGACAUGUGGAGCACAUUUCUCCAUUGCCAGAAGCAUAAUGACAUUACCCAACACCUUCAAAGCAAGAAACACAGAGAUGCUGAUAAAAGUAAGUGUUUAACACCAAGUGUUUCAGGAUUUUUUUCUGAGGCAAGACACAGUAGCUGAAAAAGUUUUUGCCAAUGAGGGAGUGUUUGCUUACCACUCAGUGCGGCACGCACACAGUUUCCAGUCUAGUGACUGUACAUCACAGUUAAUUAGGAAACUAUGCCAGCCAAAAUUUUCAUCUGCUCGCACAAAAUCUGAGGCAAUCGCUUGCAACGUCUUAGCCCCUUUAUCCAUUGAAAAAAAUGCAGCUUGAGUUGGAUUGAGUUCCUUUAUUAUGCUUGCCCACCCCUGUUCUACAUGCUUCUCAAGAUACACAAACAGGGAAACCCAGGCAGACCCAUCAUAGCUGGCCAUGGCACUCUUACUGAAGGAAUAUCAGGAUUCAUAGAAACCAUCCUCAAAGCACUCACCACACAAAAUAACUGCGAGAGCAGUAGGACAAUGGAACAGACUGCCUAGGAAGGUUAUGGAAGCUUCUUCACUAGAGGAUUUCAGAAGGAGGCUGGAGCCAUCUGGCUGCAUGGGCGAUGAAUGGAGCCCACUUUGGGGAUGCUAACCCAGGCUCCACCCCUUCCACCCCCUUCCCACAGCUAGAGCCCUGAGACCUCCUCCCUGUCCCCCCUUCCUCUCCCCGUGGCGGGUGUAGUGCGAGAAAUUGCUAUCUGUAGGAAUUUGCUACAUCAGAUAGCAUUUUUUUUUACAAUUCCUUACAUAUGAGUUACUGCUAUAGGUAGCAAAUUCCUACACAUAGCAAUUUCUCACACUACACCGGAGCCUGCAGACCCCUCUCCCGGAGGAGCCCCAAGACACCCCCCUCGGCUGGAGGAGUCCCCUCAUGCCCGGAGGAGCCCCCCCCCGGAGGAGCCUGCGGCCGGCCAAAGCCCCAAGCCCCCCUGUGACAUUCUAUACCUUGGGGGAGCAUCCUGGAACCCCCAUAUUCCCUAUUUUCUUAUAAUGGUGAUCUUACAUAUAAAGCAUGUCUUGUAAGGUACCAGGGGAAAGGUUAUAACCUGCUGAAAGUCAUUUCUCUAUCCAUAUAUGUAUAUCGUUAAUGCAUAUGAAGUUAUGAGAAUUGUGUUGUAUGAUUGUCACUAAAACAUGCUGUAAAUUGGGGAAUCAGAGAGAUAUUAGCUCCCCAGAGGCAACAACAAGGAAAGUAACCAGGCAGGUGUCAAACCACCAUCAACAGCCAUUGUCCAGGAAGGGCGCUACAAUUCAAUGACUCACCCGCAUAAGGCCACACCGGGGGAAUUGCUCAACUUUGCCUGGGGACUCAGCAAUGCCCCAGACGUGCCUGGACUUGUGUUCUCCAAGAACAUGGACUGAGGGUAUAAAACAGACACAGAAGCCAUGUUCUGGGCCCUUCUCCUGCCCCCACUUAUGCUGCAAGGACAUAAGACACUGAGAAGAAGACAAGACUCCAACAGAGGAGAUUGGCCCAGAUUUAAGGAACAAAUCUGUAUAUUAAGGACUGCAAUAUCCAGUGGGGUGAGAAAAACUGCUUAAUCUAGAUGUUGUCCAGUCUAAUAGGGUUGAGAGUUUAGACUGUGUGCUUAUAUUUUAUUUCUUUUGGUAACUAACUGACUUUUUGCCUACCACUUAAUAUCACUUAAAAUCCAUCUUUUAUAGUCAAUACAUUUGUUUAAUUGUUUAUCUUUACCAGUGUGUUUGUAUGAAGUGUGGGGUAAAUCUGCUCAGGUUUGAUAAAGGCUGGUGUAUGUCCACUUCCCAUUGUUGAAGUGGUGAACCAAUUAAUAAAUUUGCACUGCCCAUCUUGAGCAGUGCAAGACUGUAUAUUCCUGAGGUACAGUGCCAGGAGCUGGGGGGAUUUGGCUGGUGCCUUUCUCUGUGUGAUUCAUGAGUGGCUCUGGGAGCAUUCAUGCAGUCUAGCUGGGUGUGGGGCUCCACAAGCAGUUGUGCUGAGUGAUCACAGCGCCUGGAGGGGUUUGCUGCUUGUCACUAGCAAAGCAUUGUGAGAGACAGCCCAGACCUGAGAGAGUUAAGGGGGCACAGUGGUCCCACAGGCCCAGGCUGCGGGAUCCCCUCACACACACACAUACACACCCCUACCUGCUCAGAGGGUCCAGGGCCAGCUGCAGCUUCAUCAUGCAGCGCCUCCCCUCCCCAGACCUCAAGCCGCCCGAAGAAAGCGUCUCUCAGGCUUUUCUCCAGAAGAAGCUUUUGAUAAGCCUCAUGCAAGUUCUGGGGUGGCUGUGGAGGCGGUAUGUGCUACUCAGCUUCCCGGGUUCAUCAAUCAUUUCCCUGGA